ACCAAAGGAUAACACCAUCAGCGAUCAUGAUGGCUGUCAUCUGGUCCCCGGGAAUAAAUGAGGACUUUCCCCAUGAUGAGACCCUGCAGUACCUGCUCAUUCUGUGCUCCAAAGUAGCUCUGAACACAUUAGUUCUGUCUUUCUGGAGGCACAGCAUUCUCAGGUCACUCCUGGGGCUCUGCAGCAUCUCUAUGUACGUGGCAGACAUGCUGCUGGUCAGUGCUGUCACCAGCGCGUGGCUCUUCAAAGAACACCUUCCCACCUCCACCUCGAUGUGCUUCAUCCUGGCGCAUGGAUCGGCUGUCUACGCCCUGCUUCCUCUACCCAUACUCAUCGCUGGGGCGCUUGACUAUGCCAGCUACCCAUACCUAGACGUUAACUCAAGCUCUCAGCGCAGGGCUGUAAGUUACUGCAUUGUGGUUGUGCUUAUGUGGACAUUAGCGUGCGGUUACACCUACAACUACACGGACACGCAACCUAUGGAGAUUUACAAAGACAACGUGAGAGUCCUGGUGUGUCGCGUUCAUGGAUCUAGUGUAGUGUUUCAAUUUAGUAUGCAGUUAUCUAUUGCAGUGGUCCUCAUACUACUGCUUUAUUUUAAGAAGAUGAUUGGUUGGAUCAGAAGAGCCAAUAAACUGGCAGAGAAAGAUCAAAUCUCCCUGUACAGUCAGGUUGGGGGAUGUGGCAAUUCUGAAAUUCAAGAAAGUUCCCCUCCUCUAUUUGUCAGUCUGACUCUAGGAUUUGCUUUGAACUGGAUGCCCUACCUUUUGAUGUGUUUGGUAUGUGCCUUGGUGGGCUUUGUGGUGCCAGCUUAUGCCAGUGUCAAUCUUCUGUGGAUGGCCUGCACCAACAGUGUACUGGUUGGCAUUGCCUUUUGGUUUAGGAGUGAUGGGAGUGGACCUUUAGGAAAAUUCCCAGACGACACUUGUUUGUGGAACAUCUACUGGCACUUGAGCAAAGGAACUUCACCAACUGUGGACGCAAACCUUACUACGAGAUUAUACAUAACGGUUCACAAGCCUGCUAUGACUUUUCGAGAGAUCUAGCCUAAAACAUUUGAAGGCUGACAUGAUACUCUGUCUUGCAAUCAUACAUGUUAUGAGCAAGUUCAAAUCUAUAGCGGUGUUACAAACAUUGUGAGCUCCUUGGCUAUAAGUCACAAUGAAGCAGAAGUAGUGACAGAUAUUUUCUUUUGUGUGAUGUAACAGAAUUACUGGGGAAAAAUGUAGAAUGAAGACUUGCCUCUAUCCAAUGAUUGAAUUUUGACAUGUGGGUGUUCACUCAAAAAUGAGUGAAGGGUUUAUUUAAGAAGACUAAAUGAAUGGAGAUGUCCGGCAUACAUCACCAAAGAGAAGUCAUUUUGAUUAAACAUUAUGACUAGGUCAAAAAAAGUUUAAAAACAAUGAAAUGCACACAUGGAUCAUUCACAGUAAGAUCUAUGCAAAAUACUUUAGCAGAAUUUAGGCAGAAAAAUGGUGCUACUUUCUAAGACGCCUCAUUUAAAAAUCUAAUUCUAAGCCACUAUCACAAGUAAACUUCACAACGGAUGCAAUCCCAGAAUGCACUGCUAUAAGCUAAAUGAAAACAAAUCCAACAUGCCAAAUAAAUCAAGAGAA